AUGGUUUGGGAUGGGUGUGGGUUGUUACAGGCACCAGCCUCAAUGUCACCUGCGCAUCUUCAUCAAUAUGCAUCUUCAUUGGCUAGCCCGGGACAACUAUCUGAGUCUUUGCCUGCCAGCCAGCUUCAGUUGUCUGGCGAAGAACUGCAUUCAGUGAACGAACGCGACGGAAUGAUCGGAAUGGGUAGCGGAAUGAGUAUGAAUAACGACACGCCGUCACCCUCGACGGCCAGAUCUAUCAGACUUGAACGCGUUGUCCAGGCAUUGGCUCACAGUCAAGAAGAACUUAGGAGACGCACAGGUCACACCGGGUUUCCUAAUGCCGGUUAUCCGCCUCACAGGCAUGGGCAUCAUAACAACGGCACCCUCAAUUGUGGGACACCUCCUUCACCGUUGUCUUCACGUCAUAGCAGCCAGGACAGUUUGCACAAAAACAACUAUAUCAGCAUGGCGGCUAGUCAAGGAAUGGGCCAUCCAAUAAAGUCGAAAGACAAUUCAAUGGCAGCUGAAAUGGGUGGAUUUGGUGGCGCAAGUACACCAGCAGACCCAGAUUAUGGUGAUAGUGUCACUGUUGUUGGGACACAAUUAAGUACCAGUAAGACUGAAUUUGAUCGUAGGAAAAAGAAAAGUAUGUUAGAUUCUUCGCGACAUGAAUUACUGGGAGAAGCAAUGAAAGCCGGAACACCUUUUGGCCUGUGGAACGGCCCGACAAUCGUCGCGUGGCUGGAAUUAUGGGUCGGAAUGCCGGCUUGGUAUGUCGCAGCCUGUCGCGCAAAUGUCAAAAGCGGUGCUAUCAUGAGUGCUCUGAGUGACACGGAAAUCCAGCGAGAAAUCGGAAUAAGCAAUCCCCUACAUCGACUGAAGUUGCGCUUGGCAAUCCAAGAAAUGGUCUCCCUGACCAGCCCCUCGGCUCCCAAGACUUCGCGCACUACUCUGGCCUUUGGUGACAUGAACCACGAAUGGAUCGGCAACGUCUGGCUCCCGAGUCUCGGGUUGCCCCAGUACAGGUCUACAUUCAUGGAAACAAGUCUUCAGUAUGGAAUUUCAUGUUUAAAGCGAUUAAACUUUGAUAGACAUCAACUUGAAGAAAGAAGGCGAAUGGCUGAAAGUGCGAAUGCUGAUGUCAUAGUAUGGAGUAAUGAUCGUGUUAUUAGAUGGGUUCAAUCAAUUGGUCUUAAGGAGUAUGGGAACAAUUUAUUAGAAUCUGGAGUUCACGGUGCACUUAUUGCGCUUGACGACAGUUUUGACGCCACAUCAUUUGCUCUUGCUUUACAAAUACCAACCCAAAAUACCCAGGUAAGACAAAUGUUGGAAGUGGAAUUUUCAAACCUUUUAACGACCGCCACAGAAAGGCAUCUAGAGGAACCAAUGAGCCUAAAGUCCUGA